UUGCACCUCUGCCACAUCACACAAGACAGAGUUGGCUGAAUGGGGAACUAGUGCGUUAAAGGCUUAGCACGUGUAUGUUGCGUUUUAGGCGCACUGUCUGAAUGGUGCAUUUAUAGGCUUAUAUUGGAAAUCUUGAGUCAUUACUAAUAACCAGACGUUCAGGAGGGUAAUUCCGCGCCUGGACCACCAUAGUGAUUAUUUGAUUUCGUUUCAGUUUGUACCGGGAGAUAAUUUACUAACAUUACGAGUUCGGUUUAUAUUUAACGGGAUCUGUCAGCCUAUUCACCGGAUUUACGAUAAAGUGUAGCUCAGCAUCGCCCAUUGUGAUAUUAAAACCCGUCAUUUUACUCUGAUAGCUGAACCACGAUGGAGGUCAGUGCCGAAAAAUCAAAGAUACUCUCUAAUGAGAGAGACUAUGCUCUGAAACCGUUAGACCACAAAGUGAUCCCCGACAGCAGUGUGGGUGCAGAGGCGCAGAGACCCACAUGGAGUGGGCGGCUGGAGUUCAUCCUGGCAUCGGUGGGAUACGCGGUGGGGCUGGGCAAUGUCUGGAGGUUUCCUUACCUGUGCUACAGCAGCGGUGGAGGUGCUUUUAUGGUCCCUUAUCUCAUCAUGGUGCUCCUGUGCGGCAUUCCUCUGCUCUUCAUGGAGUUUUCUGUUGGGCAGUACACUCGUUUAGGGCCAGUGCAUGCUUUCGCCAAAAUCUGUCCCUUGUUAAAAGGUGUUGGUCUGGCCACAGUUGUUAUCUCCUUUGUGUUCUCCACGUACUACAAUGUGCUCAUGAGCUGGGCACUUUACUAUUUCUUCAACUCGUUUGAAUCGACCCUCCCCUGGACUUCCUGCAACAACACCUGGAAUCUUGUCGAAAAUUGUUCCAGUGGUUUCCCUGGCAACGCCACCCACCUGCAGUCUGCCAGCCAGCAGUUCUUUGAUCACAGACUUUUGCAGAAAACCAGUGGCAUUGAAGAGACUGGCGGUAUCCGCUGGGAACUCUUUGGCUAUCUCAUUAUUUCAUGGGUCGUCGUGUAUUUAUGCAUAUUUAAAGGAGUCAAAUCCACCGGCAAGGUUGUGUAUUUCACUGCCAUAUUUCCGUACUUCAUUCUGUUUGCCCUGCUCAUUAAUAAUGUGCAGCUUCCCGGAGCCAAGAAUGGUAUCCUCUACUUUGUGACACCUGUCUGGAACAAACUGUUUGAAGUGAAGGUGUGGGUUAAUGCAGCUGCCCAGGUGUUUAACUCCAUUGGAAUAGCAUUUGGCUCCAUGAUUUCAAUGGCUAGUUACAACAAGUUCAACAACAACAUUCUCAGGGAUGCAUUAAUUGUGUCGAUUACCAACUCGUUCACCAGUAUCCUGGCUGGCUUUGUGAUCUUCUCAGCCAUUGGCUACAUGGCUCACAUACAUAACCUACCAGUGGACAACAUAGCUACAGAUGGUCCUGGUUUGGUGUUUGUUGUGUACCCUGAAGUCCUCUCCACCAUGCCUGUCUUUCAGCUGUGGGCCCCUCUGUUCUUCUUUAUGCUGCUGUGUCUUGGCCUGGACAGUCAGUUUGCCACAGUUGAGGUGGCUGUAACAUUCAUAAAAGAUGAGUUUGGAGCCCAAAUUCUACGUUUCCUCAAGAGAGAAGAGCUGCUGGUCCUGGCUGUGUGCAUCAUUGGCUUCAUCCUGGGUAUCCCUCAUGUUACCAAGGGAGGUAUUUAUGUGUUUCAGCUGAUGGACCACUACACUGCUGUGGUCUCCCUCGUGUUCCUGGCUUUCUUUGAAGUUGUCGCUGUCUGCUGGAUCUUUGGUGUCCCACGCAUCUGCUUGAUGGUCAAGAGGAUGCAAGGAAAAACUCCAAACAUAUACUUUCGUCUCUGUUGGCUGGUGCUCUGUCCUGUGUUGGUGCUGUGUAUACUGAUCUCCAGCAUCAUCCAGUACACUCCUGCUCGCUAUGGGAAGUAUACAUACCCAGGGUGGGCUGAAGGGGUGGGCUGGUGUGUCUCACUGGUCUCCAUAAUCUGGAUCCCACUUGGAGCCAUGCAAGAGAUCUGUAGCAACAAAGGCUCACUUCUUCAGAGACUUAAAGCAACUUUGAUUUCAUCAAUAGACAUGGAUGCUGAGGAUCCACUGCCGGAAAAACAAAACCUAGACAGUUCGGUGACUGAAACCUUGCUUACUUAAGUGGCAUGACUAGAAAUACAGGCAAAGCCAUGUCUGUGAGUCACAGACAGAGAUGCACUGUUAAGGGUACUUUUUAGUGAUGGAAAGAAAACAUAUUUACACUGAGAUACACAAUGUCUCUAUUCUAAAAUGAUCAUUUUAUGCUGUUUGUUCUUCCAGGACAGAUUCCUUACUAUGUAUCUCGAGCACAAUGGACAUUUGUAGUGCUUUGAAAGCUUAAGACACACACAUCAUUUGUGCCUGGUACAAUUUGUAUAUUUAAAAAUCUCAGAUUUUGUCCAUCAACUAAAGAUUGUUUUAAUAUAAUUUAAUUAAAUUUAGGCAUGAGUGCGUGUGUGCCCUGUCCAGACUAGUCAGGUGUUUAUUCCAACCAAAGACUGAAAUGUAAAUGAUUACUUCCUCCGCUUUGGUUGAUUAAUCAGUAAACAUGCCUUGUAUAUGCAGUGAUGUUUUCUCUUGCAUUGUAAAUAAGACUGUAUUAUGCAUCUAUGUUAGAGGCAUUCAGAGGUUUAUUAACUCUUUAGCUUAAUACAUAGACUUAAUCCUUCAAGGACACUUUCCUUUAUAAGAUACAUCAUGAAGGGGCUGAAGAGGCCUGUCCCAUUCAAAGGUCUCCUCCAAAUGCAGCAGGGAAAUGACACCUUCUUUUGACCAAACCCAGCUGUCUUUGUGGCCUUAAACCCCAUAAAACAUUGUGCUGUUCUGUUGUUUAAUGUAGAGUUUGAGUCAAGUUUGUUUUUGGCGGUCAUCACCUGGAAUCACCCAAUUAAAAAAAAAACACUACAAUGUAUUUCAUAACAGAAAAAGUUAAAAAGUUAAAUGGUUACAAGAUCUUUUCUCAUAAUUAUGAGAAAAGAUCUCAUAAUUAUGAGAAAAGAUCUCAUAAUUAAGAGAUCAGGAUCUCGUAAUUACGAGAUCUUUUCUCGUAAUUACGAGAUCAGGAUCUCGUAAUUACGAGAUAAGGUGUCUAAUUUUUUUUAUCCAGUGAAUGCAAUGCACUAAUAACUGACAUGCUUUAAUGCAUCAAUAGUUUUGACCUGUGAGAGGAUGGACUGUCUCACUGUAGUAGGAAGAGUGGCUUUAAGUGGUCUACAGAUUUGGGUGAGGAGAGCAGCGGUUCCCAACCUUUUUCUGCAGGGGGCCAUUUGUCUAUCAUUGAGUAAACUGACGACUCCUGACUCGGUGACAUAUUUUAUUCGUAUUAUAUUCAAUAAUAUGUGUAACAAUAACAGUGCAGAACAUCUGGUACACUACACUUUUAGGUCAAAUAGUAAACAAAUGACUUUAUUUGAAAAAAUGUUAAGAAUCAUACAUACUAACUUUGCAUUUUUUGGUCAAAUUCAGUGUUUUCUUCUCUCUGACACUUUGCCAUUGUGCUGUUAGCUCUUUGGUUGUCUGAACUGCAUACUUUUCUAAUGCAGGACGAAGUUGUUAAACAGAGUAGUGUGUCUCUGUGAAUACAGCUUGUGUUCAGGUCUUCACUGUGUCCUUAUCUUGUGAGAUUUUGUUUUCUUACAUCCCUUAAAAUCAAGAAGGUCUUGCGACCCCCCAUGCAGCUUUGAUGAUCCAUAGUGGGGGUCAGGACCCCCAAGUUGGGAACCAGGGCUUUUGAGAUUUCAGCCUCUGAUCUGGGACUCAGCUUGUGUCUUAAGCGGGAUUUAUACUUGUGCGUCUAUGCACUUGGCCUACGCUGUUGUGAGAAUUUAUACUUGUGCGGUGGUGUGUCUGUGUUGCUCUGCAGUUACACUUCCAAAACAGUAGUCUGCGGCGGAGUUUCUGUGGAGUGCUGUAAAGUUUAGUUGAUUCACAACACACAUUAAAGAUGGCUUAAUAGAGACAAUUUCAAACACAAGUACACAAAUUGGCUUCACUAUAACAUAGACAAUGCACUUGUCUUUUGCUGGACACAUUUUCCACGCAAAUUCAACCUGCUAAUGUUAUUAGCACAAGUCUAUGCCAUUUUACAUUGUAUAAAUUAGCCUAGCAGCUAGUGGAGUUUUCCUCUAUUCAUAUAAAACCAGGGACAACAGCAACAUUUAACAAAGGUAACUUUACAAAAUUCGGCUACAUUACAUUUCACAAGACUCACCAACAAAACAACUGUCUUAUACUAAACACGUUUUCCAAACAAAUUUAACAUGCUAAUUGUUAUAUUUACAUCGACGCAGAGCCUAAGGCGUCAAUUUUAUGCAGAGGUAUAAAUCCUGUGUUAGCCUGAAUGGAAGCUAGAGACAGACAGUGACACUAGUGUGGAUAUAUAUAUUAUAGCAUUUUAACUUUCCAGUGCCUUAACAUCCUUCACAUAAAGUCAAAAACCCUGAACACACAUUGGCAUAAACAAACCCAGACUAAUACCAUUUUUCACGUAAAUGUUUUACAUGGAAUGUAACUGUAAUGUUAUUGUAGAUUUCUCUAAAAUGUACUAUUAAGAUUUUUUUUUGUUCAGUGUUGCAAAGCUUCAGAGAGACUGAUUUGUGGCUGUAAACAAGUGAGUGAUGUGAUCCAGGAAGCAGGUUAAUGUUGCACCGAUGUGAACUGAGGUCCUUCAAAGGUGAAUCAGUGCUGGGAAUUUCUCUGAUCUCUGCGGGCUGAGGAAUAGGUUAUUUCUUAGCAAUGCAUCUGACAUUAUUUUUUUAACUUUCUUGGAGCAGGAAACUCACAAGAGAUUUUGAGAUUAUAAAUGGUGCCUUUGAUCUGCUUCCAUAAAGAUGAAUUGGGCUAAUGAGGGUAGAUAAUCCAGAGGAGGGCAACACUUAUCUGGUAAUCUGGUUACUCUCCAUUCAGGGUCUAUUGUAUGACCCAAAAUCUGCAGUUAAUCACUGACUGUUUUAUCUCUGGUCUGAACACAGACGGAAACCAAAAAAAGUUCACGUUGGUGAUAAGUAAUUUAUUUCAACUCGAGCUUUAACUUUAAGAUUGUUCACUUGAGUUUUUUUAAUGAUUGACCUCCGGUCUAGACAUCUCGGAAAAGCUGAUAGUGAGAUUACACCACGUCCAAAUUCAGUGUGACAAUGGGAGAUAAGGGUUUGGUCGGUUCAGUGUGGGAAGUGUAGUAUGUUUAGGGUUAGUAUGUUAUAUAGAUGAACUACCUCGACUGGAAAUACCCAGGGGAGAUAAAGUCACACUUUGAUGUAAGAUUGUCUAAAAUGUUGUGCCCUAUGUUGCAUUUUUGGCCUUUUACUUCUAAUUUUUUUUUUUUUUUUUUUUUAGCUUAUCAAAGAACCUCUCAUUAAGGAGAGCCUUUUUUAUAGUACUGAAAACAUGAUCUGAUAAUGAAUGUUCAAGACACCUGAAUAUGAUUUUCAAAAUGAUACAAGAAGAAACAAUCUAAUCUUAGCAGUGAUGCAUGCAUUGCACACUGUAUCACAGUUUAAAGAUGAAAAUGCUUUCAAUCCAGUUUUAUAUUUGUUUUUAAAUUUGCACAAGAAACUAACCUGUAGGCUGAAAACAAAUAGUGAUCAGAGGCUUUAAAAAGGCAGUUUUGGGGAAUUUUACAAGAGACACAUCGUGGAACUUUAAGCUUCACCUUCACCUCUAAAUUGAUACAUAUUAGGUCACAGACCCCCAUUUCAUAAGACUUUGCUUCAGGGACCUCCAUGUGGAAAGAUUUUGGUUAUACAUCAGAAUUCUGUAGUUGAGGAGAUAACUGUUGGGGAACUCUUACCCACAUUGGGAUCACUUCUAUAGUAAAUUAAAGAGUAAAAAAGAGUAAACUACCCCCAUUUUUUGUGGACCCUCCUGGAACUCCCUUAAAGACCCCUAGUUGAGAACCACUAAAUAAGACGACCAAAACUUUUAUUUAAGAUGUUGUUGUGUAUGUUGUUGCUGUAAACUGCCUUAUUUUGCUUUAUGUCAUGAAUUGUUUAAAUUGUAUGCAAGGAUGAUUCAGAAGCAUGUUAACAAUACUGCUUACACUUCUUAGUAAUUGUACUUUUAAUAUGAGCUAAAUACAGAUUAUUGUGGGCUGUUAACAGAAAUGCACUUGUAAUCAUCUUGUUCAGAAGUGUAAAAAGUCUGGGUUAUUGGAACAAAAGGAGUUGGGCAGCCAUGUGCCAUGACGUGCUGACAAUAGACCACAGCUGCUGAUUUCACUUAUUCGUUUCAGAUGAUCAUCUCAGUGACUAUGUUUACAUGCACAAUGAUACUCCACUACUAUUCUAAAUGUGAUAAUAUUCCAGAUUUCAUCCAUGUUUAUGUAAACAGUACAUUCUGUUUGUAUAUUCCAAAUUAGGCCUUUUUUCCCCCCAAAUUUAGAUUUUUCCAAUUAAGAUGUGGGGUAUACUGGUAUUAUUUGGGUUUUAAUAGAAUUAUUUUGACAUGUGUACAGUGCAUUUGAAAUAUGCGUCUCAACUGAGUUUUUUAUUUUUUUACUGCAGUUUGUGACACAUUACAUCUUGCCUGUUUACAGUCAGCUCUGUGCAUUGUCAUGGAGACACUGUACACAAACCAACUCGCCAACAGUUAUAGAAAUGCAUGCCUAAAUUAAAAGACAAAAUUUUUAGUAAGGAGAGAAACACGCCUACUUUUAAACAUUAUGAAAGACUUGGAUGUCAACAGGUUUUUGGAUAUGCACAUAUAUUGUAUCACUGACCUUUUCAAGAGGGUGGUUGAAUGAAUUAAAGAGGAAGGCUGUGUUUGCAUGGUCAAAAAUUAUUGGCCACUGGAAAAGCUGUUUUUAAUAUUUUGAUGUGAUGAAUGACAUGUUUGGGCACGUAAUUUGGAGUAUGCACAGCUGCAUGCAAACGUGAAUAUGAGUGUAGGAUGCAUUUUCAUCUUAGAGGAAUAUUGUCUUCUUUUUUUUUCUUCUUUUUUUAAAAAUAAGGGCAAAAACCUGAAUAUUUUGCGCAUGUAAACGUGGCCAGUGAAGUCAGCUGCUGCAUUUUGUGGCAGAAUAAAAAACCUGCAGACUCUCUUUGCUCCAUGAAACAAGACUGCUCAUCCCUCAAUUAAAAUAUCUUCCCAUAGUAUACAAGCACAUUUAAAAUUUGUGACUCAAUGCUGUCAUGUUAAAUUUGUGACACAGUGUUGUUUCUCUUAACAGUGUUUUCAUAUUCACACACUACAACAGUGAUAAUGCUGAUCAGACUUUGCUAAACAACUAUAUAUUUGUAAGGCAGUGUGUGUGUUUUUUUUAAAUUCAAGACUCAAUGUAUGUUUCAUGUUUUAUGUUUGUGAAACAAAAUCCUACAAAUCACUUUGCUAAAAUUUCUUUUCAUAUCAGUGAAUAUUUUUAAUUUUUCCUUGCUGUUUUUUUAUCAUAUUUUCUACUGUGUUGCUGUGCUGAUUCUUGGUGUCUUGACAUUUUGUUAAAUAAACCACUUUUAUUCUU